GCUGGCUUGAUGGGGACCACAGUAAAUCAGGAGGAACAGUGGAGGCUGGUGUGGGAUCUUGGGGGCCAGAACCUGACCAGGGGAUGUUGACCCAAAAAAGCAGCAGCAGCAGUAGCAACAACAGCAGCAAGAACAACAAUAGCUACAAGCCAAGUUCAGGCUAAAAAAGCAGGCAGUGUGCCAGGAAGGGGGCCGACUGAGCGGUGUGUGGAAGCUGUCGCGGAGGUGACGGUGGGGCCAUGAGAAAAGGGGAAGGAAGGAACAGACAGCACCAGAGGGACUUGAACAAAGGGAGAAGGGGGAUUAAAGUCAAAUCACUGUCAGCAGCCCAGGAGCAGACAAAACCACCAGAGUAAGCCCUGAAAUGGAAAUGAGAGGGAAAAGAAGCAAGCCGCUAACAGCUACCAAGAAGAGGAGGAAGUGGGAGAUGCGCUGCUUCCUGUAGAGAGAACGUUGAUUGAAGACAAAGCUGGGUGGGGACUAGUCCCUGGGCUGCAGCCGCCGCUACACAUACUCACAACGCUGCCGCCGCGCUCCGUGGGCAACUCCUACUACUGCUGGGCUGGGCUGGGCUGGGCUGGGCUGCACCGGAGCUCGCCUGCACAGAUCAGCUCCGGAGACAGGGGAAAACCACACUCCUCUGACCAAGCCUCGGGAGCUAAGCCAGAUCUGCCAGUGAGCCUCAGGCUUUAGGAACUGAAGAGGGAUGAUACUGUGAAGUGUUCAGGAAUGAAGUCUCAAGAAAUCUGCUACCUAGUUUCAAAUGGUAGGAGAAACAGAGGGACAGGGGAAGCAAAAGUGACCAUUGUUAACUCUAGGUGGUUGUGUUUCUGAAAGAUCUAUCCAACACUCCGAUGGCCAGCAACAACACCGCCAGCAUAGCACAAGCCAGGAAGCUGGUAGAGCAGCUUAAGAUGGAAGCCAACAUUGACAGGAUAAAGGUGUCCAAGGCAGCUGCAGAUUUGAUGGCCUACUGUGAAGCGCAUGCCAAGGAAGAUCCCCUCCUGACCCCUGUUCCGGCUUCAGAAAACCCAUUUAGGGAGAAGAAGUUUUUCUGUGCCAUCCUUUAAGUCUUCAAGAGGGGCCUGAAGAGCCUCCGGGCUCCUGGGACAUUGACGUAGAGUUUUUAGCAAAGUGGGCACCUUUCUAGUCCACGGCAUUUGAAGAGCGCGAGGAGAACCAUCCUGGAAACUCCAGGCUAUGCAUGUUUAAAGAUCUGGUCCCCUUUAUGAGAAUGCAAGCUGAUCCACAUCCUGAGUUAAGAGAUCUGAUUCUGCCGAACUGCCUGGAGGAGGGGAAUAUAUAAAAAUAAAAUUGGUGUCACUUCUUUUCUGCUAUCCCCCAGUCCCCCCCAAAAUCCUCAUGUUUCUGCUUCAUAUUUUAAAGAAUAACAAUUAAAACAGACAGCUGUACUGAGGUAAGAUAUGUGUGACCUUCUUGGAAUGAAUAUUGUCUUUAGAAUACCCUUUGAUAAGCUGCGCUGUCCGUGUAGCCGAAAUUCUGUUUAAUGGCAUUGAUGUAUAGUCAUUGUGCCUUUCUUUUUCUUUUUUCCUUCUCCUCUACCCCUCCUUCCACCCCUUCCCAUUAGAGUAGUGUGGAGAUAAAGCUGGACUUGUCUAUCAGAUUGAACUCCAAGAAUGAUCACAUGAAAUGUUUAGGGAGAUGUUCCCCAUGGUGUAUCCUCAUGGUAACAAUGACAAAAAAUGCCGGUUGUCUGUGUUCUCUUUUCACUAUUCCUAACGUGUACAUGAUAGCUUUGAUUCUGCAAGUAAAAGUAAAUCAUGUGUUGUGACUGGUGCUUUCAUAUAUUUGUGACGAUUUUUGAGUAAUAUUGCAUGAAAAUGUCCCUAUGUUACAUCCAUUCAGAAGUUUUGUUGUUUUACUCUAAAGCCAGGAAAGGAAAUGAGAGGGGAAAGACCCUGGGGAGGAAAGGAAAUCUCAGUAUUUUGAAAAUUGAGAUUACUUCAGAGCCUUAGCCAUGCCUAAAAUACCUCUGAGUUAAUAGUGGUAUAAAUGCCUCUUCAAUACGUUUUCCAGAAUCCAAAGCAUUUUGGUUUAUAUGGGACCCAGGGCAGCACAGCUGUCACCAAGCAGGAGAGUUAAGGAUUCACCAUGAGUUGGGAAGUGCUUUUGCCAUGAGUAUGAGCAAGUUCCCUCCUUCCCUGAAUCAUGGACAUUCUAGAUUAAAAGAACAUUUUUUCUGCUCUUAAGAAGAAAACCAUGGCCCUCCUUUGUUCAAGUAUUGGAAGAAAUAAACCCACAGCUCCAGAGAAGGUGACCAUUCUCAGAACUCUGGCUCUUCAGAAGGACCUCGAAUCGCCACUCUUUGGGCAGCAGGUGCGGUCCCCACAGCCAGCUCUGCCAGGAAGAGUUCUGGCUCUUCUGUCCACUGAGAUGGUCUUGGUUUUUCACUUAACACAGUUUUUAAUGGAAUCUUUGUUUUUGUUCUCCAUCUUGUUUGUUAGAGUCUCUUGGUCUUUAUUUACAAAUUCCUGGCAACUAGAGUGCUCCUUUCCCAAGAUAUGGUAGUGAGAGUAAUUUUUCAUUGUAGCUGUAGUCUCCAUCAGUAACAGCAGGCCCUGGAAGGCUUGAUCACCUUUUUCUGUGUCAUUUUCAGUCAAAGAGGCCCUCUCUUACAUCUUGUUUGCUUUCAAAUCCCCAAAUACCAUCUCCAUCUCCCAAUUAAAUUUAUUCUCCCCUCCUUCCUCUCUAUUCUCUUUCUCCUGUUUUUUUUUUUUUUUUUUUUUUUUUUUUUUUUUUAAGGCAUGAAAAAGGAAGAGAAAAAGAUUUGCUAUGCCAAGGACAGAUUUUGAAACAGACUUGGUAAAUGUUUUCCUUAGCUCCUUCAUGGGCAUGUGGGUGAAAGAAUAAAUACAUCCAAUUAAAGCUCAUGCUGGGGUCGGGGAGAAGAAGAUACUGAAACAUUUGUGAAAUGUAUCAAUGCACUUCUGUAACCAGAUGCUUCUCUUCAAAUUGUGGGAUUUUUGUUACAGUCAGGACACCCAUGAAGAUUUAGGGGUGAAAGAAACAGCAGAGUAUUUAUUAAACUACAGCAUUGUACAAUUAGCUUAAUAACACUGUGGCAUAAGCUAAAACAUAUCACAGUUUUUAAAUGGGCCAAAGCAUGAAUUGAAUAUGUGGUCACAUGAAAACAAGCAUGAAUGAAUAAAGCACUCUUUGGUAGCGAUUAAGGCAUCAUUAGAAGACCCAGACGAUUUCCACUAUUCACAGCAUUUCCUUUUCUCAGAAGGACUCUUUAUAUUUCCAUGUAAAUCUAGAUCUUUGGAGCAGUUAAGAUGGAAUUACAAUUUCUAGGGAGCAUUUUAAGGAAAAUGUUUUGGCUUUUUCAUAAUUUUAUGUCUUACAGUAUGGAAUUAUAAUACGAAAAUCUUUAUAUGAGUUUUGGCUUAUUGGGAUUUGUACUUAUUCAGGGGAAACAGUCUUUCGAUUACUUAUGCCUCUAAAGAGUUUAAUUUCUUGAGAAAUUCAACAGUCCCAUCACCAGCAUAAUUUUAUCUUAAGGAAUAACUAACAGGAAAAGUCAACUUAAUUAUUUAAGACCCUAGUUUCUACGUAUAAUAUAUUCAAUAAUAAUGAAAAUCUGCCAUGGAAUUAACUAAUAAGUAGUAACAAUAAACUUCAUAUUUAGAAUACAAAGUCUAUAAAGAACAAUUUUACAUGAUCUUCAAUAUCAACUCCAGUUUAAAAGAUGUUAUUUUUAAAACAUUUGAAACCAAGUACUGCUUAAUUUCAGUCAGAAGAUGCAAAUAAAUACUUUGAUCUAUGUCUGAUUUUGCUAAUAAUAUUUGAAGGAGAUUGCCUACCAAGGACAAAUUAAACAAUACAUUUAAAAAUCAAACAACAAACGAUUUCUCCAUACACUCAUAGUCACAUAUGGAAUUUUGAGAAAAUAAAGCAUGCUGUCUCUAGGAAUUUUUAUACUUCCUUUUCUUCCUAAAUAUUUGCUUCUAGCUGCUCUUGGCAAUGAUGAAUUGUUACGUAUGCAUUAAUGUUUUGCAGCCCAAAAGUUGUUCAUAUUUUUCCUAUAUAAGAUCUGUGGAGUGUGUGUUUCAAAGAGAGAACUACAGAAAUGUUAAAGCAGGAAAACCUGAAUGUGAUGUGCACAUUUUCAUCCCACAUGGACAAUGUAUGUGUUUUAAUAAAUGGAAUUUUCAGAUUCAUUUCA